UCUGGGAUUAUUACAUUAGCUUCAAUUACCACUGCUUCAUACUCCAUCCAUACUAUGAUAGUGAUUUUUGCAAGACUAAACAGCACGUGGGUGGUAACACGUGGGUAAAUCUUAAUAAAGGAGGAGCGAGUCUUUAAAUUUAAAGUUCCUUUGCUUCAAGUGAUGUAUGCUGUAUAUCGGGAGGUCCACCCGCCUACUGGUGUAGAGCACUGUACUUCAUGUCAUUUCGUUCAUUCCGAGAAGGAACAAGUAGCUGUCGCAUCGACCUCUUUACUGAGAAUUUUUGAUGUAGCUCAGCUACAAAGGAAUGAUGGCAAAGCAAAACUUGUUCAAUGCUUGGAAUUCAGCUUUCAUGGUAACAUACAGUCAUUGGACAAGGUUAGGCUGAGACACUCUGACAGGGACUGCUUAUUGCUAUCUUUCAAUGAUGCCAAGUUGUCUAUUGUUGAGUACAAUCCUGAAACCAACGGACUCAAGACAGUAUCAAUGCAUCAGUUUGAGGAUGAGGAGAUUAGGGGAGGUAUUUUGCAUAAUGACUCUCGUCCAGUGGUAAAGGUUGAUCCCGAAGGAAGAUGUGCCGUGAUGCUUUUAUUUGGCAGCCAUUUAGCUGUGUGCCCAUUCCAACAGGACCUGUCCAUUGACACUCCACUCUCUCCUUCCCCUUCUCUUGAUACUCAUGACAUUUUACCGACUUAUACAAUAUCCUUGAGAGAUUUGCCGGAGCCAUUGCCAGUCAUUAAAGACAUGACUUUCAUAGAGGGAUACACUAGCCCCACCCUACUCUUCCUCUCUGAAGUAUCCCCUACUUGGGCUGGUCGUAUCAGUUUGCGUCAGGAUUCAAUGAUGCUGUUGGGUUUAUCACUCAACACGAGUGAUAAGAGUCAUACUGUCAUAUGGACGCUAAAGAAUCUUCCAUUUGAUUCGUCUUAUCUCCAUCCUGUACCCAAACCACUAGGUGGUGUACUUGUAUUUGGCGCCAAUACUUUGAUAUACUUGAAUCAGAGUAGUCCACCGUAUGGUCUAUCCCUGAACAGUAUCACUGAUUAUACAACAAGAUUUUUACUCAAGAAUGAAGGCUCACUUGGCAUAAGACUGGAUUGCUCUCAGUCUGUCUUCAUAUCUAAUGAACAAUUACUGGUAUCACUUCAAUCAGGUGACAUUUAUAUAGUUACACUGUUUCCUGACAGUGGAAUGAGAGGUGUCAAGCGCAUCACUUUUGAUAAAGCAGCUAGUAGUAUUCUAUCAUCUUGUAUUUGUAGCAUUAAACCUCAUUUCUUGUUUCUUGGCUCAAGACUAGCUAAUUCACUUCUUCUCAGAUACUCUACAACCGUCAAACAAAAUAUAGUUGAACCUAUUGGAGGUGCUAUUUUAGAUCUUGAUGAUAUUGAAGUGUAUGGAGAGAGUGCUGUAUCACAGUCCACCAGCUCCUCAUCUCUAUUGACUAACUAUUCAUUAGAAGUGUGUGAUAGCUUGUUGUGUAUUGGGCCGGUUGUUAAAGCUACCAUUGGAGAGCCUGCCUUUCUCUCAGAGGAGUUUGUAGAUAAGAGUGAUCUUGAUCUUGAGUUGGUAUUGUGUUCUGGUCAUGGGAAGAAUGGAGCACUAUCAGUAUUACAGAGGACUAUUCGUCCUCAAGUAGUAACCACUUUUGAACUCCCUGGGUGCAUUGACAUGUGGACAGUGAAAUCUGAAGGAGAAGAGGAGGAGAAGGGAGAAGAGACUAAAGAAGAAGGACAGAAUGAAGGAGGAGAGAAGGACCAGAGCAGGGAGAAGGAGGAGAAAGGAAGUGGACAGCACGAUUAUUUGAUACUCAGUCGAUCUGAUUCAACAAUGUUUAAAGCAUAA